AUGGCAGAAGCGAAAACAGGAAAAAAAGAAGUAUACGAAAGUUCAAAGCCUCAUGUAAAUAUUGCGACUUUAGGACAUGUCGAUCAUGGUAAAACUACUUUGACAUCAGCAAUUACCCAUGUUCAAUCCAAGAAAAAUAAGGCCAAGUCUCGGAAAUAUGAAGAGAUCGAUGCGGCUCCCGAAGAAAGAGCACGAGGAAUUACUAUCAAAACCGCUCACGUUGAGUAUGAAACUGACACCAGACAUUAUGCUUUAAUUGAUUGUCCAGGUCACGCCGACUAUAUUAAAAACUUAAUUACUGGUGCAGCCCAAGCCAACGGCGGAAUUGUGGUAGUUGAUGCCAGUCAAGGUGGUCAAGAGCAAACCAAGGAACAUUUGCUUUUAGCAAAUCAAGUAGGAGUAAAAGAUGUAGUCGUUUUUGCGAAUAAGGUUGACGUGGUGGCAGAUAAGGAAAUAUUGGAGUUAGUGAAAGAGGAGGUUGAAGGAUUAUUAGAAAAAUACGGAUUUAACAAAAAUUCCCCCAUUAUUUUUGGUUCAGCGAAAAAGGCGUUAGAAGGAGAUGCUGAACAAGAGAAAAAAAUUGAGGAGUUAAUUGAUGCGGUUGAUAAACAUAUUCCGACACCACUGAGCGAUGAGAGCAAGCCGUUCUUGAUGUAUAUCGAGGACAAUAUGUCGAUUACUGGUCGUGGAACAGUAGCCACCGGUAAAGUGGAAAGAGGAACACUUAAACCGGGCGAAGAAGUGGAAAUUGUGGGAAUAAAUGCCGAAAAAUUUAAAACGAAAGCCACCAGUGCCGAAAUGUUUCAUAAGGAGUUAAAAGAGGCCAAGCCAAAUUUUAACAUUGGAGUUCUCUUGCAAGGCACUACCCGAGAACAAGCACCCCGCGGAGCUGCCUUAGCCAAACCAGGUAGUAUUAAUGCUCAUAAAAAAUUCGAAGCCCAAGUUUACAUUCUAACCAAAGAUGAAGGAGGUCGCCAUACCCCCUUUGAGGCUGAUUACAGUCCACAAUUCUAUUUCUACACUUCGGACAUUUCUGGCACUAUCAAAUUGCCAGAAGAUAAAAAAGUUGUCAAACCUGGCGAUGACCUUAGUCUGAAAGUUCACCUUAUUCAUCCAGUUGCUAUUGAAGUUAAUAGUGCUUUCUCAAUUCGGGAAGGAGGGAGAACAAUCGGCAAAGGAGUAGUAACUAAAAUUAUUGAAUAA